AUGAUGAUGAUGUUGAAGAUGAUGAUGAUGUUAAUCAAAUGAAACGAAAUGAUGUGCAUUAUUUGUUGAAACAGUUAAAUAGUUUUAGUGAUAUAGAAGAAAUAGAAAUUGUUGAUAUGAAGCAAAGUAAACAGCAGCUGCAAUUGCAACUCCAAAAACAUCAGCAGCAACAGCUGCAGCAGCGCUACCAACAGCACCACCAGCAUCAGCAGCAAACUCAACCCCAACCCCUUCAAACAUCUAGCUCUUUAUCUCCCACACAUUCGCAUAAGCAGCAGCAGCUACAUCGUCGCCAAAGACAGCGACAUCAAUUUGCCUCUUUGUCGGCAUCGGGCGAUGGUUCCAUUCUAAUGACACCACAAUUCGAUGAUUAUUUAUUUGAAUCAUCACAUUAUUUAGAGACUGCUAACACAAAAAAUUAUUGCACUGCCAUGAUCGAGAGAUCAAGCUCCCAUGAGUUUCGACAUCUCUCGAUAAAUAGUCGUGGUAGCAGCUCAAAUAGUUUCCAUCUAAAUGAAAUGGAAUUGCCCAGUGUUACAUGUAAAGCACAACCACCUUCAUCAUUAUCGUUCCAAACGAUUCCUCUCCAGGUGGAAACACGUCUAACCACAAGUGGUGUACAGACCGAAUUGACUGCCGAAUCCUUGAAUAAACUAAGCCAAAGUUCAAGCGAUUCAAAUGGAUCAGAUCAGCGUGGUUUGCCCUUCUUUAGAUGCUGCUAUACGCCCAUUGAUCGUUGGCGUGAAAGACGCCAACAGAAGUCAUCAACGUCAACGGCAGCGACGACAAGCCAGAAAAAUGAUAAAAAUGGUUGUCAUCCUGUCUGACAUUGUGUAUGAAUGAGAGAAUGGGAGCGGGAACGGGAGCGGGAGCAUAAGCUAGUUAGGGAAAGUUUUUAGCCAAAAACAAAACUAAGAAUUGUUGUUUAUAAAUCUUUCAAAAGAUACAAUUUAUUUGAGUAACGAUUGUCUAAAUUCCUUAAACUUGACUACCGACUCGAGUUUAGGGAACAACAAAAUACUCCCUGCAAUAAAAAUUUCAAUUUUAUUAUUUAGAUUAGUCAAAAAUU